AUGGGUCCGAGCCUACAACUCCAGUUUCAUUACGAAGAUAUAUCACGUCAGGAGCCGUUGCUCAAACUGAAUUACACCAACGUUAUGGAAGUUCCUGGAUCGUCUGAAAUAAGAGUCGUGCCAAAGGAACCCUAUGAUUUCAGAAGCAAAAAUGGAAAAUUGGCUAUGGAGAUUCUGCGCGGUCAGAAAUUGAUACAGACAAGGGGUUCGACAGGAAAGUCCUUUCGAUCCAAUCCAUUCUUGGAGUCAAAUAAAGACAAAGGAUAUGUCAGUGACCUAGCACGAGAAAGCACUCUCCGAGGGCAUUCAAUGUUUCAUUUUUUUUUCAAAAUAAUUAUAGGAAUAGUACUGUCUUUCUUAAAUUCUCCGGGCGAAAUACGGAAAAACUCCAUUCAAUUCCCGAUGGAAACGGAGUUUUUCGAAUUCUUCCCGGAACUGGCAGAUCAUUUUGAGAUCUUCUCUAAUACUCUAGGGUUCCAUGUGACUAUUGUCACUUCGGCCAAGACACAAGAUGAGACUUUACCACCGUGGAGCGGCUUUUUGAGAAAAAAAUGGAAUUUGAAUUUGAAAAAAAGAAAAAGAAAAGAUUGA